AUGCAGAAGAUGCUUGAGGAAAAGAAAGGAAAGUUCGAGAUGAUCACCUUGGGUGUUGAGCUGGCUGCUGCGCUCGUCGGCAUGAUCCCUUGGGGCAGCUACGCGCAGCCCGGCUCGAAGGGCGCAGAGGAAGCCCAGCAGGAAAUCGAACAGGAAGAGGAGGAAGUCGUAGAGCAAGAAGUUGAGCAACAAGUUGAGCGGGAGAUGAGCGGAUCCUUUGGUCAGGGCUGGGACUUUGAGGGGUUUGAGGACAUCUUCAGCAUCAAACAAAUAUUGAAGGAUGCGCUAAAGAGCGCAUUUGCCCCUAUCGGGAGGGGCUUUGCUGCUGUGGGUAGGGGCAUUUCUGCCGUGGGCCGUGCAGCGGGCAGUGCGGCAAACAAUUUCAUCAGUAGCACAGCGCGGAAUAUUGGAGAGAGUCCUUGGGAGACCUUGUUCGAUUACAAUACCUUCGACGCUGCUGAAAACAGCAUAAAAAUCGCCAGUGCCCUGUCUAAAACUCAGCCUCUGAAGCCUCCAAGUGCUCAAACUCUGAAGAACAUGAGCAAAGAAGUCGUGAAACAGACUGUCCCAAAAUUGUCAGGAGUUUACGGGACAGAUCUGCAGACAUUGGCUGAUGCUUCUUGGAAAGACUGUCUUCCCUUGCAGUAUGGUCUCUCCAAGGUGAUGUGUGACCUGUUUUGCAUUGAUGAUGCUGUGCGCUCCGGGACAACUGCGGUGUUGAACAGCUUACAAGAGUCGCAUGACGUGCUGAUGAACAACAUCAAAAGAUUGCUGCAAUCACAGACCAACAGUUUGCUGUGGGCCAUUGGAACCAAGCUCAAUCCAUCCGACUUGGUCGAAACUAAUGAGACACUCUCCUUGCCGGAUUUGAUGCAGGAGCUGAGAGAUUUUCCAAGCUCUGGCGACGAUCUCGUGUUGGAUCGAGAGGUUUUGGCUUGGCACCAAGCGACUGGAGAUGAGCUGAUGUCCCGAAUCACUGCCGCAUCCAUCCUCAAUGCUUCGACAGACCAUUGGCCCCACCGGGUGAAAUCGAUGAAGGCGAUGCUACACCACUACCACCAGAGCUUAAGCGAACGCCUUCGACAGAACCGGCUGACCUCCUCUGUGGCCCAAAGACAAGCUAAAGGAAAGUUGAAAGUCUUGAGUAGCCGAGCCUCAGCCCAUCGUGAGCUUGCCCGGGGUUUGCACGAACUUUUGAGUCCGGGACAGAGCAUGGGCCAUGCAAGCAGCUUAAAGGCUUUGCCACUUGAGGUCUCGCAAGCCGAGCUCGCAGCGACCUUGGAACCACUCAUGGAGUCCUUCCUCCAUGCCCAUGAAAAGCACAAUGCCUUCACUAUGCUUCACCUGAAGGCCCUUGACCAGACUGACUACGCUGUGAACUUGGCCCACAACUUCUCUCAGUGUGCAGGCGCCGACGCUGCCGCUUUGCGCGAGGUGUGGCAACGUGCCAUGCGCGCAGAGGAACGGACCAGCGAGGCCUUGUUGGAAGCCUGGUCGGCCACGCUCGCCGCAUCCGAACGCUUGGAGGUGGCCGCGAAGGACGAAAGCCUCUUUCAGCGCUUCGCUGCGCUCGAUUUUCGAAGCAAACGCCACAAGCCCCAUGCUGGCGCUGAUUGUACCAACCGCGCCGCGUUGGCGCAACAGCUCUACGGCCACGCCGUGGCCGCAGUAGUCCACGCCUUACAACCUUUGGUCAUCCAGAUCAAUAUCCUCAAGGUCGUGGCAACCUACCAGGAGCAGCAGCUCCAGCAUCGGAAGUUGGAAUAUAUUUCGUUGGACACUCCCAGCGUGCAAUCUGAGCUGCAAGCAUUUGUGGCCGCCAUUUCUGAUCCUUCCAGCGGCAUAGGUUGGGAUCUUGGGCAGCGCGCUUUGGAAUUUCACGAUUGUCCUGGUGUAGAGUUCUUCAUGGAGGACUUCUCGCUCCAAAGAGAGCCAGUGAAGGCGUUUUUGUUGCUCUGA